UACUACAGGUACUACAGGUACUACGGAUACUACAGGUACUACAUCUACUACACCUACUACAGAUACUACAGGUAUUACUGGUACUACAGGUACUACACCUACCACGGGUACUACGGGUAUUACACCAACUACAUGUGCUGCACCUACACGGAUCACUAAAGGUGACACCGAACGAUGCAACACUACCACAACACACAACCCCAAGAUAGUGCCAAUUCGUGUGGUCAUACAUGAAGGAACGACCGAUGCGUGAAUACGGUUUUGAGCCGGAUCUCUGGAUUACCGGUGAUUUUUGCUCAAAUAUAUACUUUUUCGAUCAAUGUUAGCAUUUGCUUGUAUGGUUUUAGUUCAUCGACAACUAUAAACGAAAAUGAGACCUGAAACCUAAAUUUUCAGCCCCAAAUACGACAUCAUAAAAGUUGUGUAUCGUGUAUCGAUCGCUCUCGUCGACAUGCUUUGGCUCGAAAAACAAGCGAUUUUGUUGGUGUUUUCGAUUUUUUGUGCCCUGGUUACUUCAGAUAUUUAUAAAUCAGUGAUGUGGACGACCAACAAUCCUCUCUUUUCAAAUUCUGGUAAAAAAUUAAGUCCCUGCUUUGGACAAGAUCUAGAAAUGAGAGUCCAUUUACAGUCCAGCCUUCCGAUUGUCUGUCCAUUUGAUUUCAUCAUCAUGCAGACCCUUUCUAGCAAGCCUGCCACUGGAGUUUUGUACGAAAACUUCUGGAUCGUGUAUGAUGAACCGAGCUUUCGUAACUGUGACAUAAACAUGACAUAUAAAGAUGGUAAAAAUGAAAACAAGAAACUGCUUGAAUGUGAUUCACCUGAAGCUUUGAAGUCUUUCACUUACUCCAUUGACUUUAAGGCAGAUACUCCAGCCAAUUCAGGAAUCUCAUUUGUUGGUGGUAGAUACUACUACUUUCUUGCAACAUCAGACGGUACAGAUGGCUCCCUUAACAACACUAAAAAUGGUCAUUGUAAUGAUGAUAAAGUUCGCAUGAAGUUCAAGGUCUACAUCUGCAAACCUGAUGAUGAAAAGUGUCAGAAUGUUUCCAUUGGUGAAUUUUUUUGUUCACCUAAUCAAUCUGCGACAACAACAUCACCACCUACUACAGUAACAACGUCACCACCUUCUACAUUUACCACAUCUACUACAACUACAGCAACUUUAUCAGCACAAAUGAAWAAUUACUCUGUUGGAUCCUCAAACUCAACUACUACUGACAAAAAUAGCACACCUUUGCAUGGAACCAAUAUACCAAUAAACCCAGAAAAUCUAGAAUCCCAGGACAUUCUUAGAGAGCUUUCAUGGUGGAAGACACUAGCAAUUAUUUUAAUUUGCUUACUUAUGGCACUUAUAAUUGCUAUUGUUGUUUGUUACUUAAAAAGGCGCAAAGAUAUACAUGUAAAUAAAGGAAAUAGAGUCACUCCACCUGAAAGCAAACAACAUGAAUAUGAUGUACCUUAUAUAGAACCAAACAUGAAGCUCUCCUUUAAUAACGUGAGUUAUGAUAGUGAAGAUGGAAAAAAUGAACACAAAAUGAAUUCAUUUAACCAUAACAUAAGCCCUGCACAAGCAGUAGACAAACCUGUCGUCAAACAGAAUCAAAACCAAAAUGACACACAAGAGAGAGAGCCAGAAAAGCUAUACCCUGUAGUGAACAGUGAAAACAUGGGGAAUGGAACACCUGGUAGGAUAGAGAGUGAUAAGAAGAGACAUUAGAGGCAUAAGCAAUAACAAUAAAGAUAAGACUGGAAAUGGAACACCUGGUGGGAAAGGUAGGCAUUCAAAAGCCAACCGCGUUAUCUCUCUUCCACCUUUGGGGACAAUGCAUGUUGUUUUAAAGAAAUAUUUACCCAGCACAGAAAAACGAGAACUGCAACCUGAAAAUUUUAAUUUCUAUUGAAGGAAUGACUUGCACUACCUGACAGUUCUGAUGACCUCAACUCUAUUACAAUGAGUAGUUGUGUAAAAAUGAACAUCACAAAUGAAAAGAGCACUUCAAUAUUAGUAACAGGGCAAAGUUUCAGCUCAUAAUGUUGACUACAGGCAAAAAGGCAGUGGUUAUAAAAUUGAAUAUUUAUAAGGUUUUACAUGGAAAAAGUGUUGUUUGGUAAGCUCUUGAAACUUUGUCUCCCUACCAAUGUUGAGGUGCUCUUUUCAUUUCUAUUGUAAAUUUUUAUACCACUGCUUGUUUUAAGGGAGUUGUGUCAUUUGACCUGUUAGUGUAAAUCAUCCAUAUAAACAUUAGGCGGUCAGGAUAGUAUAGAUUUUGAAGACCCAAGCAUCCCCAUGGUGCUUUGCCUUCUAACGCUGACAUACUGCUCAAACAAUAUAAAUUCUAAUAGCUGAUCUUUAUUUUUCAUUAUUAAUAGUGAUCUCAAACAAUUGAUACUCGUAAGAUACAUUGGUAUCAGUGGCGGAUCCAGGGGAGGGGUGCAGGGGGCUCGCACCCCUCCCUGGUUCGACUUUGUGCCCCUACUUCAAAGAUUUAACCAAUACAAAAUAAUGUUUUUUUCCCUUUAAUUCUGAGGAGUGCACCCCUCCCUGGGUUAACUAUGUGCGCUGCACCCCUCCCUGAACAAAUUCCUGGAUCCGCCCCUGGGUAUUACUGGUGCCAUUAUGUGACUAUAGCAAUGCUUUGACCAGGCAUUUGGAUUGAAUAAGUAGGGGUUCAGGAUGCCAUGAUCUGUUAAUAAUUAAUUACAGUGAGUGAUGUCGAUUAAGUCCAUGAUAUCCCAGAUGAUUUUCAUACGGUUCAAUUUCUGUUCUGAAUUCAGUGAAUUUGAAUUGAUUUUAUCUUACCCAGAUUAGCAGAAUAGGUGCUGGUGUACAGGCUUGAUAAAUUCUAACUCCACACUGAAUGAAUACAAUGUUGAUAAGGUUUUUGCAAUAUCAUAGCUGUCAUAUUAUCAGCAAAAUCAAAUGAACAGCAAACUUGAUUUUGCAAUAGAAAAUUUCUUUGUACCUUCCUAUGGGUAGAUGCAAUUUGCUAGAAACAAAAUUUGCCUGUCAGCAUACAUUUCCUUGUAAAGGUUGUAAGGUUCCCAACAAAUUCCCAAUUUGGGAAUCCGUUUUUUUCCCCUGUGAUAAUCCACAGGAUAUAUGUUAUUUUGAACCUUACAACUCCAACAUAAUCAACAAGGUGUGGCUACAGUACAAUACAACACAGCUACAAAUUUGUGUAUAGUUUCCUUUUCAUACCAAACCACCAGUAAUAAUUAGUACAUAUUAAUGCCGGCAUUCUUAUUUCCUGCCAGUAUAGAAUUCUAUAUUUGGUUGAUAACAAAAAGGAAAAAAAAAAAAGUUGCUUUAACACAAACUAUAUUAUAUAGAUUUAUAUAGAUACACCCAUGCCGCCAUCUUUCACUUCUUUUGGCUGACCAAAUUAAAUACAGAAUCACAGUACAUUGAUUGUAAAAUCUACUUGGUUAUGCAAACUUUUAAUGGUUUUUGUAAAUAAAAUAUAUGAUGUAUUACAAUUACUGUAAUGAAUAGAA